GCACACAAAAUUUGACCAGUCAGCGUGCUCCACGCGAUAAUUUUAUGCAAUGGUUUUUGCAUGUGAUGAUACGACGUUCAUUGUAGAUUACCGGCGCCGGCGUGAAGAAUCAAGAUGAAGCUGAAUUUCAUCCUUUUGUCUCUCCUCCUUCUUGGAUCUCUCACUGUUAUCCAUUGCCAAGAUGAUGUAGAUGAAGAGGAUUAUGAUGACGAAGAGGACAUGGAUGUUGAUGUGGAGGAAGAGGAAGAAGUAGCACCUAUAGAACAGGUGGAUUAUUCACCACCCGAACCAUCAGGACCACAUCACUUUGCUGAACCAUUUGAUAGUGCAGAUGUUCUUGGCUCAAAGUGGGUUCCGUCCAAAGCAAAGAAGGAUGGCGUCGAUGAAGAUAUCUCAAAGUAUGAUGGGAAAUGGGCCAUUGAAGAAGCAGAAACAUCUCCGCUUGCUGGUGACAUGGGACUUGUAUUAAAGUCGAGAGCCAAACAUCAUGCCAUUUCUGCCAAGUUGAACAAGCCUUUUGUUUUUGAUAAUGAGCCAUUCAUAGUCCAAUAUGAAGUCAAGUUCCAGAACUCUCAUGAUUGUGGUGGUGCUUAUGUAAAGCUCUUGACUGAUUCACCAGAUUUAUCCUUGGAUGCUGUAUUUGAUAAGACACCAUACACCAUUAUGUUCGGACCUGAUAAAUGUGGAGCAGACUCUAAGCUACAUUUCAUCUUCAGGCACAAAAACCCCAAUACUGGUGAAUUUGAGGAGAAACAUGCCAAGAAGCCAAGUGGGGCAUUCAGCCAUGUGUUCACUGAUAAGAAGGUCCAUCUCUAUACCUUAGUGAUCAACACAGACAAUACCUUCCAAAUUCUUGUUGAUCAGAAGGUCGUCAACUCUGGCAGUCUGCUUGCAGACAUGAGUCCACCAGUAAAUCCACCUGCUGAGAUUGAGGAUCCAGAUGACAAGAAACCAUCAGACUGGGAUGACAGAAAGAAGAUCCCAGAGCCUGGUGCAGAGAAGCCUGAUGAUUGGGAUGAAGAUGAGCCUAAAGAGAUCAUUGAUGAGACUGCAGUACAACCUGAUGGAUGGCUUGAAGAUGAGCCAGAACUCAUUGAUGAUCCAGAUGCAGAGAAACCUGAUGACUGGGAUGAUGAGAUGGAUGGAGAAUGGGAACCACCUAAGAUGAACAACCCACUUUGUGAAGAUGUUGGAUGUGGUGAAUGGAAGCCUCCAAUGGUAGCAAACCCAGCAUAUAAGGGUAAAUGGAAGGCACCUUACAUUGAUAAUCCUAACUACCAAGGAGAAUGGAAACCAAAGAUGAUCCCUAAUCCUGAUUUCUUCGAGGACUUAGAACCAUUUAAAAUGACACCUAUUGGAGCUGCUGCACUAGAACUAUGGUCAAUGAGUGAUAACAUCCUGUUUGAUAAUUUCAUCAUCACCACGGAUCGAGAGGUUGCUGACCAGUAUGCUGCUGAUAGUUUCAGUCUAAAGCAGAGGGAAGGAGUCGUUGCUUCAGCUGAAUCAUUUGUAGCAGGUUUAAUUGAUGCAGCCACAGAACGACCAUGGUUAUGGGCCGUCUUUGCUCUCGUCGUCAUCAUCCCUCUCUUCUUCUGUAUAAGAUUCUGCUUCAAAUCGAGCCCAGAGGAGCUUGACAGUAAGAAGAGUGAUGAAGCUACACCAGAUGAUGAGAAAGAAGGAGGAGAUGAAGAUGAAAAAGAUGGAGAGAAGGUAGAAGAAGAUGGAGAGAAGGUAGAAGAAGAGGAAGUAUCAGCGGAAGGUGAUGCUGUAGUUAGACAACGAAAGAAGACUACCAAAGCAGACCUAGAAGGUCCAUCAGAAGAGGCUGAUGAAGCUCCUGAAGAAGAAUCAGCACCAAAAGAAAAAUCCAGCACACCGAAAAAACCCAAAACACGCUCAAGAAAGGAAUGAUGCUACCCUGUUUCCUAGCAACCCAUCAUCAGCUUGCUGAGGAAAAUAUCUUCUCUUCAAUCAAUAGAUGUCAAGUCAGCCAGCCUUGAUGAUGCCAAUCAUAUACAUGUACAGGGAUCAAAUAGUGGUCUUGUUUUCUAAAUAAAGUAAUGAUAAUGAAACCCCCUUCUGUGGUUGUAGAUUAUUAUACAGCAUGAUUAGAGCCUGGUUAAUCACUCUAUAUGAUAAAUUGAAUUAAGUUCACAAAAAGUACACAUGGUCGAAGAUUGACUACCUGCAUUGACAUAGUAUUCUGGAUUGAUAUUGCACUUGAUACAUGUAAAAGACAUUGAGAACCUAUCAAUGCACCAAGGUAAUAUGUUUGACGUCAUGAAGUAAUGAUCCGGAUUACAAUCCCUGGAAAUGUGAACUGGGCUUAUCCAUCCCAUAACUGUUGCUACCCUGAUUUUUUGUAGUUGUGUGGUGACUUUAACAAAAAUGUAUAAAUCUAUGAAUACUGUCUGAAAUGAAAAACAAGAUAACCAGAAAGUAAUAUGUUUGACAUCAUGAAGGGAAGCUACUAUAUGACUUUCAUUGUAGGUUAGGGCUAGAGAUAGUUAGCCACUGGACUGUUAAUAUUCUGUUUUUGUAGUGACAAAUAUUUUCUAUCCAUUUGAUGUUAUUUUUUGAAAUUGUUUUUUAUUCCAUGGAUACUUGAUUUAUUGUAGUGCAUCUCCAUUAAUGACUGUUUUUUUGCAAUAUGAGCCAAGUUCAUUUUGUGCUUCUGUCAUUGAUCAGAUUGUUGAAGAAUUACAAUUCAAUAAAACAUAAGGUUACAAGACACUGAAGGACAAAUAAAUCCAUCCGAUUGUUUCAUUUUCAGUUAUUUUUUGGGGAAAUGACACUUUCAUGAAAUAUUCAAAUGUAGGAUGGUCUACCGACACUGUUGUCUUAUCAGAUGCUUGAAUUUUACCAUUUAUAAGUUUGAAUGAUUAAAGAUUGAUUAGGUAUAUUUUGUCAGCUAAUCAAUUCUUUGUCAUGGUCCAAUAAUAGCAUGUGUCAAUCCCAUGAGCAAGCAUACAGUCUUUAAUGAAUGGAUUCAGGCCGGAAAUCAAUCUAUCAAUCAGUUCUUAUCUUCUAUGUUCAAUCAAUUAUAAGUUUCAUUACAUCGAUUGUAAGAUAAGAAAGUGGGUGUAUGGUUUAUAGAAAAUGAAUGUUUUAUUCAGGAAAUGAGUGUUAAAACUCAGUUGUACAGAAUAGUAUCAUUUUUCUUGGUGCAUUCAUAUGAUGGGGUUGUGGGUAUUAGUAAAUUAAGAAUCAAUCAUUUAUUUGAUGUUUUAAAUGCAAUUUUGAUUUUUUUUAAUGACAUUUAUUGUUGUAUUAUUAUUAGACUGGAUUGUUUUAUUACAGGUGGUAUGAGUGAGAUGAUGAAAUAUGUUAGGAUUCAUUAUGUUUAAUUGUUUUUAAAGUUGCUUUUUUAUUUUGCUUUUUUUAAAUUUUCUUGGUUUGUUCUUAUAGUGGAUAGAAACAUAUCUUUAGUUUUACAUGUAGGCAGUUUUAGAUACUUGUUAAAAUUACAAUCAUAAUGAUCAUAAACAAGUUAAUGUUCUGUUUAUUUGAAGGUUUAUGUCUUAUGAUAGCAAGUUCAAAUAUUUUUGUUGUUUGUUUCUAGAAAAAUGAGCAAACAGAUUAUGAAAAUGACCUUUCAUUCUGUGCAUUUGAGAUCUAUAAAUUUCAUAGGUAAAGAAAAUAAAAAGGGCUGCUGUAUAUACAUGGAAUAUAUGUCCCCAAAAAAUUAUUAACCUCAAUUCAACUCUUUAGCUCUCAAUGUGUCUAUUUUGAAGCACCCAAAUAGAGGCUAAUUACAGGCAGAAAGUUGGCUUAAAGUUUUUUUUUUUUGGAAAAGCUGAAAUGGUUACAUUGAGACUUUGAAUGUGUGGUUCAAGUAUGUAUUCAUUCGUUGUGCUAAGGUGCUUAAGGUACACAUUGCAAUAAGUAGGAUAUAUUCAAUUAUAGACCUUAUGCAUCAAGGUCAUCAUGCCGCCAUCUUAGAGGCCGAAGCCAUUGCCUUGCUUGCGUUAGGGAUCUGCAGAUGGUGCAUCUCUGACAACUCUGUUUCUGCAUAUGCCUAUAUCCUCUGAGGGAGGGCGCUCUCAGAUUAUGAUGUCACAUGCAUAAGUUCUGUUUUGUAAUGUCUUUUUAAAGAUAAUGUUCAAGAUUGUCCCUAACUCUAUGCCUGAAUAUAAAAAUCAUUAGACUUUUUUAGAUGGCUCAUACUGAAUAUUAUCAAAGAGUGAGUGCUUGGUAUUGGAUUGUUUGAGAAGAUAUUAAAGUGGUGCUUUUAAGUAUACCUGCCAAAUGGGAGAACCUGUCACAUUUUCAUUGGUAUGUUUUAACGGUUCAUGGUAUAUUUCUAUUUCAUGUGUUAGUAAAUCAGUAAUUGAACCUGUUUGACUCGAGAUUUGGUACCAAGUACUGAAGUGUGUCCAAUGCAAUGAAUUUGCAUGGAGCCAAAAACCUGCCAUGGUAUUUCUAAGAUUCUGUUUGCAUACAAGUGGUUGAUUUUGCUGUAUCUUUUAUUCAAUACUUUGUUUUGUUAUGAAGGGUCUCUGUAUCAUGUUUGUAACUUUCUAAGAUGGUUAUGGAUAUAGGUGGUGCCAGGUGGACCUUUUCUAUUAGGAUGUUCAAUCUCUCAGAGAUCAGUUUGGUAACAUUUGAUUCUCAUUUUGCCAUAAUUUAGGUUGUCCUCGAGGCUCGUGGAACAAAAUGAUUUGUUUUUAUUAAUGCUGCAAGUUGAAAAGGGCAAUUCUUAUGUCAUAUAUAAACAUGUUAGAGACAGGGAUGUACAUAAAACAGAUUGUAAAAUUAUGAAUUAACUCUGAAAUUGACACGACUGGUAUACAGCAAGCCAACAUCUAUUAAAUGUUUUGAAAAUUCUGAACAUUCUUUGUCUUUGCUAGGAACUUGAUAUACAAAUAGAGAUGACUGUAAUGAUUGUCAUCAUACGUUUUCAAUACCACCAUUUAACCAAGAUUGAAAGCAAUUUUCAUGUGAAGUUCUUACUUCCAUGAAUGUCUCUUGAUUAAAAUGUAACUGGAAGUUACUCAUAGAGUAAUUGACAAAUUGAACUUCCAUCCAAUUUGUUCAGAUUUGAAGGGUUUAGAGUUUAUUUGAAUGGACACGAUAUGCAGAAAAUGAAUACAAAUUCCAUAGACGAAUUAGUGUUUUAUUUGUUGUAAUACUGUUUUGAAUUGCAUACAAUUUAUUUCAAGAAAUAAUAUUUUUGUCUUUGCAUUGGGCUUUGUAGUAAACCAAGGUGUACGUUUCUCGAUGGUGAUAAAACUUUUCAAGUUAAUUUGAUGAUUAUUUUGGCGCAAAUGAGGUAAUACAAAUUUACUUUAAGCUAUGUAUUGUGAUUGUAAUUGGUAAUUAUAUCAUAGGUGUAUUAUAUCUGAUUCAAUUUAAAAAAGGAAAUCUUGAUAAAUAUCAUUUUUUUCAUUGGUUCAUGUCUCAUAAUUCCCUUUUUUAUACAAAUUGUCAGUUACGAGCCAAAAGGUUGUUUUUCCCUCUAUUGAAAUGUGUUACCAAUAUUUUCCGCCAAAUUGAUGAUAUUGUUUAUUUCAUUGUAUAGUGUUAUUUACAGUGAAUUCUUUCAAGCCAUUAAUAAUGAAUGUUGAUAUUUAUAUAUAUGUUGGUUGUUGUAUUUCAUCUUUGAACUAGAACUGAAUUCAUAUUUACUAUGCACUCUGUUGAGCUUAAACAAAUAGUAGGUUCCGUGCUGGGUGAAGAUUUUUUUAUCCAGGAAAGAAAAUGAUUAAAUAUUCAAUUUAGGUUGAAUUUUUCCCCCU